AACAAAGAUGGCGUCUGACGGAAAAGACAAGUGGCCGCGGCAGGUCGACGCUCACGAAUAUUUGAAAAAUCAUCGCAUUUUAGACUUAUUUGAUAAUUUCACAGCACAGCUUAUAUAUAAUAAACCAGAGGAUCCCAAGAAAUUUCUUAUUGAUCAGUUAGAAAAAUUAAAAAAUGCAAGAACAACAAAAUUGGACUUUCCUUGCCUAUUUGACGAAAGUAACAUAAGGUCUAUAUUUGGAAUGCUUGACCCCACUGAAAGGGGUUAUAUCACUUUACAGCAAUACAAAGAAGCUCUGAUGACCCUUGGGGUCACUGACCUAGACCAACACCCGGCUGGAGGAGAGCUGGACAGGAUCAACCUGGAUACCUUCACACGGGAGGCGAAACGCGGGCUUGCAAGAGCUUCUGCCACAUUUGAAGAAAGCAAGUGAAUUAUAAAGACUCCAUUUAAAAUAAACUUUGUGACAUCAUGUUCGUUACUUUAAGCUGAAAAUGACGUUGAGUGAGUUCGGUGGACAUCGAGAAGGGGAAUGACAUCACAUAAUUCAAUGUUUUUGGAGGACAAGAAGUUGAAUGAAUUUUUGGAAACGUUGCCGUCCGUUUAAUGUUAACUUUUCCAUGUGUCCUUCUUUUAUAUGUUUUUUUAUUUGUAAAUAUAUCGGUUCUAAUUAAAGUCAACGUCUAUAUACGUCAGUAAACAUUACAUACUGGUAUUU